AUGUCCUAUGUCCUACACCCUACACUCCUGGCCCUUUGUCCUAUGCCCUAUGUCCUCUGUCCUCCGCCCUACACUCCUGGUCCUUUGUCCUAUGACCUAUGUCCUACACUCUUGGCCCUUUGCCCUAUUUCCUAUGUCCUGUGUCCUAUGCCCCAUGUCGUACGUCCUACGCCCUUGGCCCUUUGUCCCGCGCCCUGUGUCCUCCGCCCGCCCUCCGCCCCCCGCGCACUAGACGCAAUCAAGUCCCAGGUGCAAGGACUCAUUUGCCCCGAGGGUCAUGAUGGCUACCGUGUCCAGGCGGCCUCUGAAGGGACGCCACGUCUCGGAUCCGGAUGCCAACAGCGACAUGUAUGGGAAAGCGAAGGAAACAAAGAAAGCAAAGCGCCGCCGCCGCCACAACAGCACGCCAACGACCCUCAGCCGCCGCCGCGCUCGCCUCCGCCGCACAGCUGCGAGGCCGUGAUAUCGGUCGAAGGGCGAGCGGCAGCCUCCCUCUCCGGCGUGGAGGCCACACCUGCGUCUGCUGCGCCUCACGCCACGCCAACAGGUCCCGUAGGUGCUCCCCUGCACGCCGCCACACCUACACCUGCCACGCCACCAGCGCCACACGCACACCACACACACCGAAACGACGCUGACAUAAUUACCAGAGCGGCGGGACUUCCGGGAGAAGAGAGUCGGAGCGAGGGCGGCGCACGACAGCGUGCCAUGUGUUACAGCCUUUCAGACCACCUAGCAGGAGGUACGGAGAAUUAUAUAACCAUUUCACAUCAUCUGACGUCUUAG